CCACGGUGUUUUGCUUUAAGAGUUGAUCGGUUCAUCAGGACCUUUUCGGACCGUGUCUGAUUGGCAAUACAAACAUGAACGAUGUACAUAUCUCUGACCACGAGGUUGUGUUGAAUUUCAAAAGUUUCCGCCGAAGAACGUUCUUCCUUUCUUCCACUCAUUUUUUUUUCCGAUGGCAAUAUAGGAGAACUUCCUAAUUUCAGAUUUCAGCCUAUUAAAGACGGAAGUCAUGCGCCGCUAAUUUCCGCCUCAAUUUCGAUCAAAAAUAACCAAAAGCUUAUGCUGACCAAAUGGUUCAAAUCAAUUCUUCGGAGCUGCGAUUCAAUUUUGACACUAAUUUCUGUCGGCGGAUACCCUUCUAAGACGGCAAGGUUUAUUAUCCAAUUCGAUCACGAUGAAAUUACACUCCUUCAUUCACGUUCUUCUUCUUUCAAUCAUUUGCUUGUCAAGCAUUUGUUUUUGUGCUCUGCCAUCACAAAAAGAAGUAGAAGAACUCUUGAAACGAUCCCAUCCUCCUUUUGAUCGAGAUUUUAGCGAAAAUGAAUUGUUUGAUCGAUCAUCAUCAAUGUUCAAACGUCAAGUUGCUCCUUCAACAACACUUACGCCAGAACAACAAGCGAUCAAAAAUAAGAUGGCACAAGGAAAAUCUACUGCUUUCAACGAUACGGCAUUGCCUGACGGACAAGAUAAAGAAGCCAAAGAACAAGCAGCUCAAGAAGCAGGAAUGUCAAAUGCAACAACAACUCUCACUUCUGCUACACCAAAUAGUCCAAACGGAACAAUUUCGGCAAAACCUACGAGUGAAUGCGAUACAAUAGCAACCAGACGUCCUUGGAGCGCAGCAAGCAAAGAAGAUAGACAAGCAUAUUUGCAAGCAUCUACUUGUUUGGCAAAUAUACCGGGAAAAUGGAACAGAGAUGGAUUUAACAGUACUUCCAUUCAAGAUGAUUUCGUUCUGUUUCAUGCAAUCAUGACCAGUGUUUUGCAUUUCAAUGCUCAUCUUUUGCCUUGUCAUAGACUUUUGGUAAAUGCAUGGUUUAAAACGAUGCAACAAUCAUGCAAUUAUACAGGAGAUUUGUUGUAUAUGGACUUUUGGACGUAUGCAGAUCGAGGUGAAAUAUGGACUUCAUCUGAAAUUUGGUCAAGUUCGUAUUAUGGAUCGAAUAGAGGUAAUGUAGUGGAUGGAAAUCAAAAAGAUGCUCGUGUUCACUUUGUUAAUGUACAACCGGGAGGAGUAAAGAUCGCAAAAGCCGACAGACCGAUAAAGAGGCAACUAACCGAAUAUGAUUCAGAUACAGGCAACGUUUUUCAAGAUUAUAUGACCAGUACUUAUUUGGCGGAAUUGUUGCAAUCGGAAACGUAUGACCAAUUACGCAGAAGAGUGGAAUCUUCAAGUCAUCAAUAUUUGCACAGAGGAGUAGGAGGUGAUCUUGGUCGUUCGACUGGGACAGUGGAUAACUUCUUCUUUGCCAUUCAUACUGGCCUUGAUGCAUUUUGGGCAUUUUAUCAAGACAUGAACGAUGGAGCAAACAAGUUCAAAUUUGGUGGUCCAAGAUUGUAUGGUUCAAAAGAGCAAGCCACAAUGCAUGACUCUUGCGUGAUGUUGGGCGUAUGGUCACCAGAUUACAAUAUUUUGGAUUUGAUGGACAUUCGAACAAAACCGAACUGCUAUAAUUAUGUCUAUGAAGAUGGAACCUUUACAAAUACAGACCAAGGUGAUGAUGAUGAUGAUGGAUCGAUUUUCCGCCACUUUAAAUUAUAGACACACACACACUCUCUCUCUUUGUUUUCUGUCAUUUCUUUUACAGCGUUUUAAAAUGAAUGGACUGUUAUUAGUAAG